AUGGCUUCUUUUCACAUCUUCAUUUUACACCUAACUUUCUUUUCCCUCUUUCUCCGUUGCUCUCCUUCUCCUAUCAUCCAAGCUGCUACCCAUGAAGGUCCCAAAGCUUUCUAUAACUGCACGAGGAACAGCACUUUUGCUUCCUAUAGUGCGGCUUACCGUUCUAAUGUCAAAACACUCCUAGAUUGGCUCUCCUCCAAUGUCACUAACAAUGCCGGAUUCUACAACACCACAGUUGCUAGCGAACACACUGCCGACACCGUAUAUGGUAGCUUCCUUUGUACAAGAGUCAGCAGCCCUAAACUCUGCCAACAAUGCGUGAUAGAAGCUUCCAAACUUAUAUCAUUGCUUUGCACCGUUGCAAAAGAGGCUAUGGUAUGGUACGAAGUAUGCUACGUGCGCUACUCUGAUCGUCGUUUCUUCUCCACUGUGGAGGAGAGUCCUAAAGUCUCCUUUAUGAAUGAUCAGGACUAUGUGGGUCAGGUUGGGCGUUUCAACAAUAUUGUGUGGGAUAUGCUGAACGAUUUGAGAGGUGAGGCAUCAAGUUCUUCUAAUAAAUCGGCCGAUAAGUCUGAACAUCACAGAUAA